AUGGAUCAGAAGUGGAUCUCAGUUUUCUUGCUGUUCUCAGCUGUGUGUGGUGUAUCUCCAUACGUUCCUCAUCGGUAUCACUUUGUAAAUGAGAGUAAAACCUGGACUGAAGCUCAGAACUACUGCAGACAGACCUACACUGAUCUGGCCACCAUCAACAACAUGGACGAGAUGAAGAAGCUGAACGAGACUCUGAAGGAUAAAACUCAAGGCUUUGUUUGGAUUGGUCUGAACCGAGGGGACACUGAGAAAUGGAGGUGGUCUCUGCCAGACGGAAAUUUCUACACUGUAGACGAUACAGACCAGAACUGGAGAAGUGGAGAACCAAAUAAUUAUGGAGGAAAUGAGUUCUGUGUUUCGAUGUAUAAACAAGAUGGAAAGUGGUUUGUUGUCAGCUGUGGGAAUAAAUAUACUUUUGUGUGUUCCAACGAAAAUAAACCAAACACUGAGAGAUACGUAUUCAUUAAUGAACAAAAGACCUGGAGUGAAGCUCAGAGAUACUGCAAAAAAUAUUACACAGACCUGGCCAGUGUGAGGAAUGAGACUGAGAGAUGGCAGGUCCAUGAUGCAGGAAGUGGUGAUAAUUUCUGGAUCGGUCUGUUUAAAGAUUCCUGGAAGUGGUCAGAUCAGAGCAGCUCCUCAUUUUGGUACUGGAAGUCUAACCAGCCAGAUAAUAAUAAUAAGACAAAAUGUGCUGCAGCUUCUGUGAAUGACCAGGGUCUGUGGCAUGAUAUAAAAUGUGAUGAACAGCGCCCUUUCAUCUGCCAUGAGAAUAAGCUGAUCUUGAUCCAGGAGAAUCUGAGCUGGAAAGGAGCUCUGAGAUACUGCAGAGAGAAUCAUGUGGACCUGGUCUCAGUUCACUCUGAGGAGAUCCAGCUCUGGGUGGAGGAUGUGGCUCAGAAUGCCUCCACUGAUCAUGUGUGGCUGGGUCUGCGUCACACCUGCACUCAGGGAUUCUGGUUCUGGACGAGUGGGUUUUCCGUCUGCUAUGAUAACUGGGCUCCAGGUAACGGUGCAGAAGGUGAAGAGUGCAGUCCUGUAGAGAGAACCGGAGCGGUGCAGGCUAGAGGAGAUCAGCAGUGGGUCAGCCUGCCUGAGAACCAGACUCUCAACUUCAUCUGCAUCAGAUAUGAAGGAACGCGAUCCCGUCCUGGAGAGGUCCAGGACUGGGUGGUGGAACAUCAGGCCAGGUUUAAGUUGGGGUUCGAGGAAGCCCGUGAGCAGCUGUUGGUAGCUGCUGGUCGCCAGAAGGAACGACAUGAUCAGUGGGUUCGGGAAUUGCCCUUAUGGGAAGGUCAGCUGGUUUAG